GAAACUUUCGUUUCGUAGUAAACGCAGUGAGCUAUAGUGAAACUGACUAGAGUUAAAAAUGUGCACUGUAAUCAGUGUUUGGUUCUUUUUGCUUCUGCCUUUCCUGGCAGUUGACGCUGCCUCGAUAGCAGGUUUGAAUGAGCAAAAAUCUGAAAGGGAGCUUAAAAAGUUCCUGUUUGCAGAAUAUGAUAAACAUGUCAGACCUGUUAUGAUACCUUCCAAUAGGAUUAACGUUUCUGCUUCAUUGGCGCCAAUGUUUUUACACGAAGUGGAUGAAAAAAACCAAUUUAUAGUUAUGGACAUCUGGAUAACGAUGAAUUGGAAAGAUGAGUAUCUGAAAUGGGAUCUGAGUUCCUUUGGAAAUACUUCUAUUCUGCGACUUCCUUCCACUGAAAUAUGGAGACCGGAUUUGGCAUUUUACACCGCAACUCCAGCUCAAGACAUUUUCCUUGAGCCUUUGUCCCAAGUCCUGAUCUACCCCGACGGAAAUGUCAUGUGGGUUCCACCUACCACGAUUAAAAGUCGUUGCCCGCUCCGCAAUCGAGCUACGAAAAACGUAAUUAACUGCAACAUUAUUUUGGGUUCCUGGACAUACAGUGAGAAUGAAGUGGAUGUGCAUCUUACGCGUACUGAAGUGGAUAUUUCAGAUUUCGUAGACACUAAUGCGGAGUGGAAACUAUUGCAAUCUCAUUCUAGACGAGAAAAUAAACAUUAUACUUGUUGUAAGGAAGGGUACCCAUUCUUGUACUUCAACUUUACCUUCAAGAAACGAAACUCAUUUGAAGAAAACGAAUUACUCAUCUCUGAAGCACCUAAUGUAGAAAGAGUACACUUUGGGAACUUAAAUGAAGAAUAAUUGGUUCAGAAAUGAGAUAACACUAUGAGUCAGCCGAAGAAAAAUGUACACAGUGUAGUGUUGAACAUUUAAACUAUGGCUUUAUUCCAUUAGCAAGGUAUAGUACAUUACCUAUGUGCCUUCUAUGCAAUAAAACUUUGUCAAACGAACCAUUGGAACUUAAGCAAUAUUUGUCGAAAGUUCAUAAAGACAAGAAAUAUAAAGAUUUAACAUUUUUUUUAAACAGUCAAAGAAAAGUAUUUGAAAACCCCAACAUUGUGACAACAUCUGAAAGAUAUGACGAUGGACAACUGCGUGUUUCUUACAGCAUUUUACUCAUUGCAAAGUCACAAAGCCACACACCAUUGGUAAAGAAGUUAUUAUACCAGCUACAAAUGAAAUAAUAUGUAUUGUGCUGCUUAAAGUAGCUUUCGAUAUUAUAAAAAGAAUUUCACUAAAUAAUUAUACAAUACAAAAAACGGAUUAUAAAAAUGAUUUAGUGAGUAGAAAAUUCUUCCCGCGAGUACUUAAAAUCAUGUGCAUUCUCUAUGCAGUUUGAUGAGUCAACUUUGCAAGGAAACGAAGCUUAGCUUUUAGCUUAAGUGAGAUUUGUUUGUAAAAGAGGAAAGGAUUUCUCAAGAAUUGUUAUUUAGGAAAUGUUCAGAAACUGAUAAGAGACAUGAAGUAAUAUUGAAUGAAUUAAAAAUAUUUUUCGAUGUAAAAACUAUCCUUUGAGUAAUAUCCACUCCAGUGCCUAUUGCUAUGGAAUGAUAGGACAAUACCCAGGCUUUCUGCCAUAUUCAAAACAAGCUAAACCGAAUAUAUUAACUGUACACCGUGUUAUUCACGACAAUAUUCAGUCACCAAGAAUCUUACUGAACUCUUGCAUGGUUCACUAGAUUAUGCCAUUACCGCAGUUAAUAAAAUCAAAAGGAAUGCUUUAUAUGAGAGAUUAUUUCUUUAAUUUUCGUUUCGAAAAUGAUGACGAUUAUAAUUGUUUACUACCUUGACACGUAAUUCAUUGAUUAUCUAAAAGUGCAUGUUUGGAACAAUUUUAUGAACUCUUUGAUUCAGUGCUGGAAUUCCUAGAAAUUAAAGAUAUAGAUUUGCAGCUCAAUUUAAUUAAUUCAAACAGUUAUAUAAUUAUAUGACUGAAUGAUUUACCAUAUUCAGCAAAAUCGAUUCGAAACUGCAAGGUGAUAAAUUAAAUUUAAUCAACAGAAGUAUCAUAUUUGCAAAUUAUUUCUUGGGGAGAAGAAAAUGCUUUGAGUUUCCAAGUCAUUCAAAAUUUCAAAACCGAGAUAAAGAUUUCCUUGCUAAUUCUUAACGUUUAAUGGUUCUUCAUUUUGACCUCAUCCACAUAUUUGAAGAUAUUCUUCAUUUAGUUAUUUGUGACUGGGUGUUGGACACUUUUGCAAGAAGACCCACAAACUCAGAUAAAUUCAUACUAAUACGGAAAUAAAUUAUUGAAGUAUAUAAAAUGAGGAGCUGAAACGAAUGUUUGAACAAGAAUAUCACUAAUUGUUGUUACAAAAACAAACACCAAUUUUAUAUCUUACAAUACGGGUUCACUGUAGAGAAGCUGUUAAUUCUUUUCUUGUGACUCUUAUUUAGCAGAACGUGGAUUUAGUUUAAGUAUGAAGCUCAUUAUGAAAAACUAGGGAUCGAUGGUACUUCGUAUUCAUAUAGAUUUACGACUGUUACUCAUAAACACGUAGCCAGACAUAAAUGAUCACAUACCAUUCCAUCAUAUUCGCUCAUCUCAUUUAAAAAAAGGAUAUGCUUUCGUGUUUUAAAACCAAGUUAUAAUUUAAAUAAAUACUAUUUUAAAUACA